CGAUUAUGGUAUAUGGGAACAUCAGAUUCCAAUAAAUAUUUUGUAAAUUAGUGACGGCUUCUACGUGGAAGACAACAAAGUCGGUUCAAAGCAACAACGUGAAAAAGGAAAAGACAAAGGAAGGUUAAAGGUUGUAGCAUAUAAAUACUGUUGCUAUAUGCUUGUAAUAAUUGCUUCGUAAAGAUAGAUGAUUUAAUAAUACAUCUUUGCUAUGAUGCUAGUUAUGGGCACUUUUCUUCCCCUCUCAGAUUACAAGUCAAACUUCUUGAUCACAAUCCCAACUCAAGGAUACAUGUAAUUUGUUCUUCCACAGGCACUUCUUUUAAUUUAUUCACUAAAUCUACGGUGCCUCCUUCUUUCUAUAAAAUGGGCAUAAGUUAAACACACUUAUUCAACGCUGAUUCCUUCAGGUCCAGCUAUGAAGACCCUUCUCCAAUCAUCCAUAAGGGUGUUGGUGGCUGUGGUGUUUCUUGGGUAUAUGAUGAUUUGGAUCAUGAAGCCCACAAACACUUAUUUCUUGCACUGGCUGCCUGAUAUUCAGGCAAAAACCAAUUCCACAUUCUUUGGAAAGCAAGGUGCAAACAUGCUGGUGUUUAUGUUUCCAAUUCUUUUUAUUGCCACCUUAUCCUGUCUGUACCUCCAUAUGGGAAAUACUAGCCAGAUCGAUUAUUGGUUUGCUUCAUGGAAACGUCCGGUGAUCAUGAAAGGUCCUCUUGGGAUUGUUUCAUGGAUGGAGGUGUCUUUCCUGGUCAUGUUCAUUACAUUACUGAUGUGGUCUUUGUUCUCUUACUUGCAUGGUAUGUUUGCGUUCGCCGCGCCAGAGGCUGCAUACCUGGGGUUGAAAGUGUGGGAAGCCAAGUUGCAAAGUGCAGGUUUGUCUCUGGGACUUGUUGGGAAUGUCUGCCUGGCAUUUCUCUUCUUCCCAGUAACUAGAGGAUCCUCAGUUUUGCGGCUUCUUGGCCUCAACUCAGAGGCAAGCAUCAAGUACCAUAUAUGGCUAGGCCAUAUUGCUUUAACCAUCUUCACUUCACACGGAUUAUGUUACAUUGUGUUUUGGGUCAAAACCCACCAAUUGUUGCAGAUGCUGAAAUGGGACAAAUUUCAAUUUUCAAAUAUGGCUGGGGUUAUAGCCUUGCUUUCUGGAUUAAUCAUGUGGAUCACAAGUCUAAAGCGCAUUAGGCGAAAGAUUUUCGAGCUCUUCUUCUAUAAUCACUAUCUUUACAUUCUUUUCGUUGUGUUCUACGUUUUUCAUGUUGGGUUCGCUGAUGCUUGCAUCAUCCUCCCUGGUUUCUACCUCUUCCUAAUUGAUCGAUAUUUGAGAUUUUUACAAUCCCAGCAGGGAGUUUUCUUGGUCUCAGCACGCAUUUUGCCGUGCGAAACCAUAGAACUGAAUUUCUCAAAGAGCCCAGGGUUGAGCUAUGCUCCAAGAAGCACUGCCUUCAUAAAUGUGCCUAAAAUUUCCAAGCUGCAAUGGCAUCCCUUUACAAUUACAUCCAACAGCAAUCUGGAUCCAGACAAGUUAAGCAUUGUCAUCAAAUGUGAAGGAAACUGGUCUCACAAGUUGUAUCAAAUACUGUCAUCCUCUUCACCAUCUGACCACCAUCAAGUCUCCGUCGAAGGACCUUACGGCCAUUUCUCAAACUCUUUUAUGAGGCACGACGAGCUAGUGAUGGUGAGCGGAGGAAGCGGCAUAACCCCUUUCAUCUCCAUCAUCCGAGAAAUCCUGUUUCUGGCCAAUACAGCAAAUCGCAGGACCCCUAGGAUACUCCUCAUAUGUGCCUUCAAGAAGUCUAGAGAACUCGCAAUGCUAGACCUUCUACUCCCAGUUUCAGGAACCACACUUGACAUUUCUCAAUUAAAGCUAGAAAUUGAAGCCUAUAUAACCAGAGAGAAAGAACUGAAGACAGAGAACCAGAAGCUCAGAACAAUAUGGUUCAAGUCCCAUCAAUCGGAUGUGCCAGUUUCUGCAGUCCUAGGUUCAAAUAGUUGGCUCUGGCUGGGGACAAUAAUUUCAGCUUCUUUCGUCAUCUUCCUUGGCCUCAUUGGCAUUCUUACACGAUAUUACAUAUACCCAACUGACCAUAAUACUGAUAUGAUAUACUCCAUGCCUUCAAGGUCUGCUUUAAACAUGAUCUUCUUAAUUGUCUCUGUAGUGAUGACCACCUCUGCAGCAUUCCUGUGGAACAAGAAACAGAAUGCUAAGGAAAUGAAGCAAAUUCAGAUCGUGGAUAUGCCAACGCCAGGAACAUCCCCAGGCUCUACAUUCCACGAUACCCAGAGAGAACUGGAGAGCGUUCCUCACGAAUCUCUUCUCCAAGCUACCAGGGUGCACCUUGGUGAACGGCCAAAUCUGAAAAGAAUAUUAUCAGAGUGCAAAGAAAACAGUGUGGGAGUUCUUGUAAGCGGACCAAGAAAGAUGAAGCGAGAAGUGGCCGCAAUUUGCUCAUCUGGUUCAGUAGAUCACUUACAUUUUGAGUCCAUUAGCUUUAGCUGGUGAGGCAACGACAAGAAAUUAUCUUUUCAAAUUACAAAUAUCUUGCGAUUGUUUCAUUCUUGCAGUUACAGUAAAAAAGUAGUAACAUACAUCUUUAAGCCCUGAAUUUUUCUGUCUUUCAAUUAUAAUAGUUAAUCAACGCAAAAAUAAAAAUAUAAAAAUUUAAUAAAAUAAAUUAAAAUUUUGAUAAUUCGAUAAAAUAAAAUAAAAUCAGAGAAUAAAACAGAAUAACAAUCACCUCAAAAAAUUUCUAAAAAAAUUUUCGAUGAGGCUCGACCCUAAGGAAGAUGCGUGUGAGAAUGCAUUUUUCAAAAAAAGAAUUAAAAAAAAAAUCAAAAGAAAACAAAAAGAGAAUCCAAUUAACAACCAACAUAAAAAAAAAAAAAAAAAAAGAAAAAACACUCCAA